CAUGGGCCGAAUGGAACUUGUAUAAUAAUAAUGCAGAGGUAGGAACAGAAGAGGAUAUCAGCAGCAGAAGUAGCUUCCCUCUCUCGUCCCCAGGCAGGCAGAGGCUCCAAUGGAGUUGUAAGCACUGUCCAUUUCCCAUCUCCCCACCCCGAGAAAACCACCCCGAGAAAACCAGGGGCACGCCAAGAACAGCCCACGGGACGCACCGAAGAAGCUCGGUCGGUGCGAGCCCGAUUCCCCAAAUCCCGGCCGCCACCCGCCGGAGCUGGCAAUUAUUAUUAACACGUUCCUGCAAAUCUUGCUCUUGCCCGGCCGCUCCUCCGGCGAGUGACCGCGUUGUUUCGCUCGUUCGUUCGUCGGUCGGGAAGGCAGGAAGGUAGGUUUUUCCAUUGGGAUUUGGGAAUUGCGCGGCUCGCGUUCUUGGAUUUGGUUACGCGCGAGAAAAGUUGCCAUCUGCUUUUUCUUGCCGGGGGUCCAAAGCUUUGAUCUGCGUCACACACCUGUGCCUGUGUCUGCGGUUCUUCUUAUCCGGAAGGCAUCCGAGGGGGAGGAGACCACGGGCGGCACGUGAGGAGCAGUUGGCGAUGGCGAGAAAGAGCACCGGCGACGGGCGGAUGCCGCUUACAUAAAGCGCAGGCGGGGCGCAGGGGGGCGGUUGGAGAGGAGAUCUGCAUUUCCUGAGCGUUUGGGUGCAGAAGAGAGAUACAGAGAGGCAGAGGGAGACAGACCGAGAGAGGGAGCAAUGGGCACCGCGGUGGAGGCGGCGGCGUUCGGCACGGUGGAAGGGGUGGUGGGGGAGGUGAUGCGGCUUCACCGGUCGCUGCCGGCGCGCCCGUCGCUGGAGGAGGUGGAGGCGGCCGAGGCGCUGGCGCGGGCCGCGGACCGGGAGGAGCGGGCGCGCCUCGACGCCGUGGAGGCCCUGCGGAGGUCCCCCGUGGUCCCCGAGGAGCUCUUCUACGUCGCGCAGGAGAUGCACCGCGCGCUCGCGGGCUUCCAGUGCCGGGAGCAGAAGCGUGACGCCACACGGCUCCUCGAGCUCGACGCGUUGCACGCGCUCUUCGACGGCCUCAUCCAGCGCGCGUCCCAGUGCGUGCCCUCGUCCUCCUCCGGCGCUGCGCCGCGCAUCACCACGACGACGACUGCUGCCGCUGCCGCCUCCUCCUCUUCGUCCGCCGUGGUGGCGGCAGUGGACCGCUCCUCUCUGGGCACCAACGGGUUCAAUGUGGAGCGGAAGGUGGGGAAGGGCACGGGGCGUGUCUCCAUGGAUGACAGCUAUGUCAAGAAGGCGAAGGCGACAAUGUGGGACGGCGGGGUUGCGGCGGCGAGCUCCCUUGCGCCGCGGGGAACCGUUACCGCAAACUCUGCAAAAUCCGCGGCGGUUCUAGUGGAUGGCAGUUAUGGAGAUGAUAAGGAGAAAUUCAGCCUCAUUAAGCUAGCUAGCAUGAUUGAAGUGGCUGCGAAGAAAGGCGCUAGGGAUCUCAACUUCCAGGGAAAGCUCAUGGCCCAGAUUGAGUGGAUACCGGAUUCAAUUGGAAAGCUUAUUGGGCUUGUUACCCUUGAUAUUUCGGAGAACCGGCUUGUGGCUUUGCCAGAGGCAAUCGGGAAGCUUUCUUCUUUGACCAAGCUGGAUCUUCAUGCUAAUCGAAUCGCUCUUCUCCCUGAAUCGAUUGGGGAUCUCCGCAGCUUGAUUUGUCUCGAUCUGAGAGGCAAUCAGCUUACUUCAUUGCCCUCUAGUCUUGGCAGGUUGAUGAAUCUCGAGGAGCUUGACAUGGGUGCAAACCGGAUUGUCACGCUACCUGAUUCAAUAGGAAGCCUCACAAGACUGAAGAAGUUAAUGGUGGAGACAAAUGACCUUGACGAGUUGCCUUACACAAUUGGUCAUUGUGUUUCACUGGUUGAAUUGCAAGCAGGCUAUAAUCAUCUGAAGGCACUUCCAGAGGCUGUUGGGAAGCUAGAAUCUCUGGAGAUACUCUCUGUGAGGUACAACAAUAUCAGGAGCCUUCCAACUACAAUGGCAUCUCUGACUAAGCUGAAGGAGGUUGAUGCCAGCUUCAAUGAGCUCGAGUCAAUCCCUGAAAACUUUUGCUUUGUCACUUCUCUUGUUAAACUGAAUGUCGGAAACAACUUUGCUGACAUGCAAAAGCUGCCUCGCUCAAUUGGCAACCUUGAGAUGCUGGAGGAGUUGGAUAUAAGCAAUAAUCAGAUUAGGGUUCUUCCAGAUUCUUUUGGAAACCUGCAUCAUCUCCGGGUGCUUCGUGCAGAAGAGAAUCCUCUACAAGUUCCACCAAGGGAGGUAGCUUUAAAGGGAGCUCAGGCUGUUGUUCAAUACAUGGCUGAUCAUACUACCAAGAACGCUACAAAGUCACAGACAAUUAAGACAAAGAAGACUUGGGCUCAGUUCUGCUUUUUCUCCAGGCCUAACAAAAGAAAGCAUGACCGGAUAGACAUGGAGACAUGAUUUACUCGAGCCAGGAUGCCAGAUGGAGCGUAGCCUUAUGCCUGUCGCUGGAAGAUUGUCCAAGUGAGUAAAGUCAGCCUUCAGGAUGGUGGUUCUUUCCACCUGUAUUGAACUGUGUGAUCAGGAUAUGCUCAACAAAAAAAAGAACCGUGUGAUCAGGAAGCCGGAGGAAUCGAACGAGAAAAAAAGAACAGAACAGUUUGCAUGUUUGUUUCAUUUUAUUUAUAUAUAUGGUUCUCUUUUCCUGUAAGAACUACCAAUGUUGCCUUAGAAAGAAGGAAAAGAAAAAUACUCCGGUGGCUAACUGGACAAUACCUUUUUUUGGAGACAUAAUUUACUUGUAUUUAUUCUUAUAUUAAUUAGACACGUAGUACAAUUUCAAUUUGUAAUUUGGGCCAAGAAA